AUGGAUUUAAAGACAUUAAAACAAAUCUAUCUGGAUAGACUUACGCCAAUGCCAAAUGUAAGGUGGGGAAUUACGGGCGUGAUGUUUGUCCUCUACUUCAUUCGGAUAUGGACCAUAGGAGCAUUUUAUUUGUUAACAUACUGUCUGGGCAUAUAUCUUCUCCAUGCAUUGAUUCUGUUCCUCACGCCAAAGGGAGAGAUGAUUCCAGAUCCCUUUGAGAACAUUGAGGACGACGACUACAUUCCGGAGACCAUAGACAACGAGUUCAAGCCCUUCAUAAGAAAUCUCCCCGAGUUUGAAUUUUGGAUGUUUGUCACGAAGAUUAUAGGGAUAGCGUUUAUAGGAACAUACUUUAGCAUAUUGGAUAUUCCUGUGUAUACACCUAUUCUUGUAAGCUAUUUUAUUUUUAUGGUUGGAUAUACCACGAAGCGUUUAAUUGCACACAUGAAGAAGUACAACUACAACCCGUUUCUCCAAAGUAAGGAAUACUAUAAGAAAUAA